AGAGAUCACGCGACAAGACGAGAAGGGACCAUACUGAGCCCCAGUUUAACUAAGAUACUGAAUAGGUAGGAGCAGAACACAAAAAGAGACAAUCGAAACAACACUGGUGUCUUGAGCAGUGGCCUGGCCAAUCAGACCCUUAGACUCAGUCCAGACGAUGGAUGUUUUAUGUGACGACUCCUACUGUACUCUGUGAUGUCGUGCUCAACUGAAUCCAUCGACACAGCGCCCCCUGUCGAUGAAGAUGACUGUGAGCCGCUGGUGCCGUCCAAAACAGUGCCCCCUCGGUGCUGCUCGGCCCGGCUGAACCUGGCUGUUCUCAUGUUCCUCGGGCUCACUGUGGUCUACGGUCUCCGAGUCAACCUCAACGUGGCGAUGGUUGCCAUGGUGAACAACACCAACCCACCCCCAGCAACCAACAGUUCAAACUCAUCGAAACACAUGUGUCCUCUGCCCGGGACAAACCACACCAGGACAGGCUUCAGUCAGCCGGAUGGGGCCCCUGUGUACUCGUGGGACACGGAGACCCAGGGCUGGCUGUUGGGCGCCUUGUUCUUCGGAUACCUGUGCACUCUGAUCCCUGGAGGGUACCUGGCAGGACACUAUGGAGGGACCAAAUUUCUGGGGUUUGGGGUUUUGGGCACAGCGGCUCUGACCCUGGUCACUCCUCUGGCUGCACAGUGGGGCCCCAGCUGGCUGUUCGCACUCAGAGCACUAGAGGGCUUUACACAGGGCGUUCUGCAUCCAUCUACAAUGACGAUCUGGGCGCGCUGGGCUCCUCCUUUGGAGCGCUCAAGACUCAUGUCCUUCUCGGGCUCUGGAGGAAUCUUCGGGGCCUUGCUCACUCUACCUCUGACCAGCUUCAUCUGUGAGACUCUGGGCUGGCCCGCUGUAUUCUACCUCUGCGGAGGGGCUGGGUGUGUGUGGGCUGUGUUCUGGUUCGCUCUUGUAUCAGACGACCCUCACACUCACAAACGCAUCAGUAAAGAAGAGAGAGAGUACAUCAUCAAGUCCAUUGGACCUCAGGGUAAGGGUCAUGGGUGGACGGUUCCUCUGAGGUCUAUGGUGACUUCUCUUCCUCUUUGGGCCAUUAUAAUCGGACAGAUUUGUGCAAACUGGGGUUUCUACACUCUACUUAAUUCAACGACUGCCUAUAUGAGCAACAUCCUGCACUAUGACCUUGAGUCGAACGGGAUCCUGUCCGCUCUGCCGUACCUUGGGGGCUGGCUGCUCUCAUCUCUCUCUGGAGUUGUGGCUGACCUUCUCAUUGAGAGGAGGGUCUUUAGUGUCACAGUCACACGCAAGAUCUUCACCGCUCUGGGUAUGAUGCUGCCCUCACUCUUCCUGGUCUGUGUGUGUUAUGUGGGCUGCAGUCACAUUUGGACUGUGCUCUUUCUCACUCUCUCCACCACCACAGGGGGCGCCUGUUACGCUGGAGUUUAUAUGAACCUCAUAGACAUCGCCCCCAGAUACAGUGGUUUUCUUCUUGGUGUCAGUCUCACCUUCGCGUCCAUUUCUGGCGCAGUUGCACCAAUUGCAGCUGGAUACCUCACGGAAGAUGACUCUCUGGAUGGUUGGAGGAGGGUGUUCUGGCUCGCUGCUGGGAUCCAAACCAGUGGAGCAGUAUUUUACACAAUAUUCAGCAGUGGCAAUCUUCAGAAAUGGGCCAUGACUGAUGAGGACAGAGGAGAGGCUGAAAAGAGGAGAACCAGGUCUAUGUGUACAUGAAAACAAACGCCAUACAAGGGGAAUUACUCAGUGUUUGUGUUGAUUAUCAUUAAGAUUUUACAUAAUUUAUUUGUAACUUACAUGUUUUGGGAUUAUACAUUUGCACAGUUUGCACAAAAACCUUCAUAAUAAAAUUAAAAUUCUAAAUUUUUA